CGAUGUUGAAGUGGCGGAAUUUCGUGGACCUGUGUUACCUCAAAAUGUUCCAUGCAGACUAUAUAUAUUAAGGUGUUUUUCGCAAUCAAAUUAUUAGUAUUACUACAAAUCAUUAAUUAACGAUAUGGGUCGUUCAGACAGUCGUAAACGUGGACGUAAUACGAAAUCUGUCAAAGAAUCGGAUUCAAAAAGAACUAGAACAACUAUUUGUCGACCUGAAGAUGAAGAUUCUACGAUGUCAGGAUCAUUGGAUUUUGAUAAUGAAUCUAAUGAAGAUGUUUAUGAUAAUAACGAGGUCGAUGAUUUUAAUAUCAGGAAAACCGGUAAGGUCAGCUCAGAGAUUGAUGAUGAUUUGGAUGAUAAUGUUGAACAUAAUGAUAAUGACGAUGAAGAUGCUGAUAUCGAUGAAUAUGAAUCAGGUAUAAUGGAUGCAGAUGAGUUACGUGUUGCUUCAAGAGCGCAAAUGACAAAAACCCGUCAGCAACAUGAUUCUUCAGUGAAUAAACCUACAGAGACAACAGUUGUUUGUACACCGAAAGAUGAAUUUGGUGCUAAAGAUAUGAGGAAUAUAUUAAAAUUACGUUUAGAUCAUCCAUCUCGUCCAUUAUGGAUAGGUCCAGACGGACAUAUUUUUCUCGAAACUUUCAAUCCAUUGGCUCGUCAAGCUCAAGAUUUUUUGAUUGCUAUUUCAGAACCAGUCUGUCGACCUUUACACAUACACGAGUACAAACUCACCUCUUAUUCAUUAUAUGCAGCUGUUUCAGUUGGUUUACGUACUGGUGAGAUAAUUGGUUGUCUACGUCGUUUAUGCAAAACUAACCUACCAGAAGGUAUUAUUGCAUAUAUUCGUAGUUGUACAUUAUCAUACGGAAAGGCGAAAUUAGUUUUAAAAGGUGGUCGUUAUUUUGUUGAAAGUCCCCAUCGUCAAUUUUUACAUCAGUUAGCAAAUGAUAAAACUGUACAACAAUGUUUGAAUAAAACAAAGAUUAUUACAGAAGAUGAUGAUAUUAAACAACAAGUAGUGGAAGUUGUAAAAUUGUAUAAUGCUGCGUCAUUAGUAAUACAGCCACAACACCAGCAAGAAGAUAGCAGAGAAAUUCCAGCAGAUAAAGAAACUGGUAUGCAAGAUGAAAUGUUACGUCUUUAUGCUCGUUUGGAUGCAGAUGAAGAAGCAGGUGAAACAAAUUCUAUCCUUGUUGAUACAACAAAAAAAUCAGGGAAUAAUUUCUGGGAACAACCUAGCGAUACUGUAAAUAUUAAUGCAAUCGGUAUUGAAUCAGAUGUUGCUGAUCGUGAAGGUGAGUUGAUGGAUAUAAAAGAUAAUGGAAACACUGCUGGUAUAAAAUUGGUUUUUGACUCAUCUGUUCCAAACGAUACGAAAACCUCAGCUGUACUUGCUUUGGAAGUGAACCAAGAUCAAAUUGAAAUCCUUCAACGAAGAUGUAUUGAAUUAGAAGUACCAUUAUUAACAGAAUAUGAUUUUCGUUUAGAUCGUGCUAAUAAAGACAUUUUAAUUGAUUUAAAAGCCAGUACAACAUUAAGACCAUAUCAAGAAAAAAGUUUACGAAAAAUGUUUGGUAAUGGUCGAGCUCGUUCUGGUGUUAUUGUUUUACCCUGUGGAGCUGGUAAAACAUUGGUUGGUGUCACAGCUGCAUGUACAAUAAGAAAGCCAACAUUUGUUUUAUGCACAAGUGGUGUUGCUGUUGAACAAUGGCGUGCACAAUUUAAAUUAUGGUCUACUAUUGAAGAUGGCCAAAUUUUACGUUUUACUAGUGAUGCAAAAGAUCGUCCAAAUAUAAACUCACACAUAUGUAUCAGUACAUAUAGUAUGAUUGCACAUUCAGCUAAGCGUUCAUAUGAAGCUGAUCGUAUGAUGAGUUGGAUCAGAAGUCAAGAAUGGGGACUUAUGAUUUUAGAUGAAGUCCACACAAUUCCAGCUAAAAUGUUUCGUCGUGUUUUAACCCUAGUACAAGCACAUUGUAAACUUGGUUUAACAGCAACAUUAGUUCGUGAAGAUGAUAAAAUAACCGACUUGAAUUUUUUAAUUGGACCUAAAUUAUAUGAAGCUAACUGGUUAGAAUUACAACAACGUGGUUUUAUUGCACGUGUCCAAUGCGCAGAAGUAUGGUGUCCUGUUACACCUGAAUUUUACAGAGAAUAUUUAAAUAUGAAAAGUAUGAAGAAAUUAUUAUUAGCUGCUAUGAACCCGAAUAAAUUUCGUGUAUGUGAAUAUCUCAUACGUUAUCAUGAGCGUAGAAAUGAUAAAAUUAUCAUAUUCUCUGAUAAUGUAUUUGCAUUAAAAUACUAUGCAACAAAAAUGGGACGUCCAUUUUUAUACGGUCCAACUGGUCAAGCGGAACGUAUGCAAAUAUUACAAAAUUUUCAACAUAAUCCUAAUGUUCCGGCAAUAUUCGUUUCUAAAGUUGCUGACAAUUCAUUUGAUUUACCUGAAGCAACAGUUCUCAUACAGAUCAGUGCUCAUGGAGGUAGUCGUCGGCAAGAAGCUCAACGUUUAGGACGUAUUUUAAGAGCAAAGAGGGGUAUGGAUGCUGAGGCUUACAAUGCAUUUUUCUAUUCGUUAGUCUCUCAAGAUACUAUGGAAAUGCAAUAUGCUUUAAAACGCCAACGUUUCUUAGUUAAUCAAGGGUAUUCUUAUAAAGUUAUCACAAGACUAGCAGGAAUGGAGACUGAAUCAUUAAAAUUGAAUACAAAACAAGAACAAGCGGAAUUAUUAAAUCGGGUAUUAGCUAGUACAGAUGAAGAUGCUAUGGAAGAGAAAUUACCAACUGAUCCGGAUAGUUUUAAUUAUACGAACAUUUCUACAGGCAUAUCUGGUUUGAUUCGUAAAUCUAGUAAAAUGUCCAGUUUAUCUGGUGCAGAUGACGCUAUUUAUGUUGAUACUAGCUCGUCUGCUGCAAGAAAAGACAAACUGAAAGAAAGGCAUCCAUUAUUUCGUUUGUUCAAAAGAUAGAUAUUUUGUUUUGUAUUGAUGUUAACUAUGGUUUAGUCUUUCAUUUUACAAGUUGAUUGUUGAAAAGAUAUUUCAAUAAUAGAUUAUUGUAUUUUACUUCCCGUGCCUGAUUAUAACAUCAUAUUGGUUACCAUUUUUUAAAUGUUUUUCCACGUUUAACUUCUUAAGGCGUUUACAUUAACCAUCAUGUUUUCAUCUAUCAAGUUGUAUGUAUUACAUGGCUGACAUUGUAGUGGAGUUUGAGCAUUCAUGAAGUCAUGUUAGUUAUUGUUAGGUUCGUUAACCUUGAG